GAAUCUCGCUCCUCAGUUUUGGUGAAACAUAACGAGCAGCCCCUGACGGAGCCCCGGAGAUCUGAGCCACACACUCGAUUCGCUCGUCUUCAACUAUCUUCCGAGUCGCAUCUUCAUUCUUGUGCAGAAACCCACAGGAACCUCGAUCUCAUCAAGCCAAGCAAGUCCACCACCGCGGGGUCCCCAAGUGCUGCACACAGUUGACCAGGAUGUCGGUUCCAACGCCCGUUUUGCUCCUCGCGCCUUUCGCGAGCUGGUUCGAGUCUCAUGGGGGCGUCGUCGCGUCGCACCUUAUGGACGUCGCGGAGCUGCCCGGACACGGACGCGGCGCGUUCGCAUUACAGGAUAUUCACGAAGGCACGACGCUCUUCUCGCUCCCGCGCGAGCUUACGCUGUCUCUACGGACGUCGACGCUCCCCAGUCUUCUCGGUGUGGACAGGUGGAAGGAAUUUGGGCUGAACAAGGGAUGGGUGGGCUUGAUUCUGUGUAUGAUGUGGGAGGAGAGCAGGGGUGUGGAGUCGAAGUGGGACGUGUAUCUCUCCUCGCUCCCGAGCACAUUUGAUACGCCCAUGUUUUGGAGCGCAGAAGACUUGGAGGAGCUGAAGGGCACUGCUGUACCAGACAAGAUCGGACGCAAUGAUGCAGAGAAAGACUAUCGCGAGAAACUUGUCCCCGCCGUACAGUCGCGUCCGGAUCUGUUCCCUCUAGACACCCUUGAUCGUUUUUAUUCGGUGGAGCGAUACCACAUCAUGGGGAGCCGGAUUUUAUCACGGAGCUUUCAUGUCGAAAAAUGGGAAGGAGGCCCGGAGGACGAAGAGAUGGGAGAUGUCAAUGGCGAACCACAAGCCGAAAACGGCUCUGCGCCAUCUGGCGAAGCAGUCCCUCCAACGGAGGAGGCAGCAUCAGGCGAUGAUGGGGAAGGGCCAGGCGAUGGUGAGGGUGCGGAUGAGGAAGACAAUGAAGAGGACGCGGAAGAUCCGGCAGAUGUGGCGAUGGUACCCAUGGCAGAUCUGCUGAAUGCGCGGUAUGGCUCGUCAAACGCGAAAUUGUUCUACGAAGAACACGCACUCGAGAUGCGCACUACCAGAUUUAUUCGGAGAGGGGACCAGAUCUGGAAUACCUACGGAGACCCGCCAAACUCGGAUUUGCUCCGCCGGUACGGCCAUGUCGACCUAGUCCCGCUCGCGCAAGGCGGACUCGGCAACCCAGCAGACGUCGUCGAGGUCCGCGCGGACCUUGUCACCGACGUUGUUUCUGCGUCAGGAUCAAGCAUUCCAGUGGCAGAACGCAUUGACUGGUAUCUCGAGAUGGGCGGCGAUGACGUGUUCGUCCUUGAAACAGACCUCGAUAUUCCAGAACCUCUCAUCGUCCUCGUACGAUUGUUGCAGCUCCUCGAGCCCGAUUGGGAGAAAACACGCGAGAAAGAAAAACCGCCUAAACCAAAGAUGGACGGUGCGGUCAUCGGCGUGCUCGUCGAGGUUCUGCAUCGCAGGCUCAAGGAGUACCCUACCACUAUCGAUGAAGAUGAAGCGCUGCUGUACAAGGAAGAUACCCUCUCGAUCAACAAAAAGAACGCGAUCAUCGUGCGUAUGGGUGAGAAAAUCAUCUUGCAGAGAACGCUUGAGAGCCUGCAGAGGCUUGCGUCACAAUCGGUGGGCGCUGGCAAGGAUGGGAAGAAAAAGCGUAGUGGGACUGGCGAUGCGGAGGGAUUUAAGGCGAAGCGUGCGAGGACGUGA